UAUUAAAAGAAAUGAAAUAAGUAAUUCAUGUUAAACAAUUACAUGUUCUUUAUAUUGACUUGCCUAGAAAAAAAGAGGAUAAAAAUUAUGAGAUAUAAUUUGUGUUUUUUAAAAGGAAAAUCCUAAAGAAUCUUACUGGUCCAUCACUACUACAAGUUUAGCAAUUCCUUUCGGGACCUUGACAAUGGAUACAAGAUAUUUGUUAUUCUGGGUAGUGUUACUGAUGGUAUGUUUGUCAUUUGUUUAUUCUCAAGGUAAAUAUUUUGUAUAGUUUACUUUACGCUAUCACUUUUUUAAUGAGAUUCAAUAACAUUUUAUUUUAUACCAAGUAAUAUUUUAUUAGGACAGAAACCUCGUGUCUAGGAAAAAUCUGACAACAAAAAUUUACAAAAGGAUCUUUAAAACAAAAUAAAUAUGAAUUAGCCUGAGUGCUAAGGUUUAAUGCUUGUAUCUGAAAUAAAUAAUGCGAAAAAAAAUAAUAAUAGCCUGUUCUUGUGAUCAUACUUUGAUGUAACAAAGAGCUGAUUCAGAAAAUGUUAUUUCAGUUGUUAUUUCACAGGAUAAGUUUUCUUAUAUUUUACAUAUUUAUACAUUUUUAUUUGUCAGCUAAAAUCUUAUUUUUAACAAUAAUGAGACAUUAUACAUUAUUUUACUUUUUCUAAUAAUUAAUAUAGAAAAUAUAGUAUUCAUGCCGAUCUCAAAACACUAAGGAUUUUCUCCUGUUUUCUAUAUCGUGUUUAUUUUUUUUAUUCUGUCUGCUGAGUAAAGCUCUUAGACGAAACCUUUUUGUUGUCGUGUCUUUAUAUUUCAAGCUUUCACAUACCUUGUUCUACUAUUUCUUUCACACAGCUUGAACACAGUUGUUCAUUUUCUCUAUGUUUCUUUUUGAAUAAAUUAGAACGUAAACAAAAUUUUAUUUCCCAAUCAAGAAAGGGGUGGGUAAUGAUAAGAAUACACAAAACAUCGGGGUGUUUAUUAUAAAAAAGGGAUGGGGAGGUAAGGUUGCGUGUCACGGCUUGUGGUGAAGAAAACAAGGUAAACACACGGGGUACAACAGUUUAAAUAUAUAUAUAUUUAUUUAUAUAUUUUAAAUAAACUUUUAUAUUUUUAAUCACAGGCUGUUAUACGACAGGAUGGUUUGGGUCAAAUUGUCAAUACAAAUGUCAUUGUGAAAAUGACAAAUGCAACAACAGAACCGGACAAUGUACAGACAACUCUAAAUGUGUAAAAGGAUGGUUCGGUUUGGCAUGUCAAUACCGUAAGUUUUCAGCUUAUUUGUUAUUUAAUUGCAUGGAUAAGAAAAUCGUAUCCAUAUACACCAAUUUAGUAAUACCAGUUAUAAUUUACGAAAUUGAAAUAGGUUCCUUACUAGGAAAGCAAAGAACCUGCUCGCUCGUGGCAAGAUAAUCCUCAGGAAAGUAUACAUUCGUGUGAUAAAAAUGAUUGAGAAACCGUAAAGAACAAGAGCCAUUAAGUGUUCUAAUAUCCACCCAUUGUCGCAACAAUGCAGAGGGAAAAUUGGAUGGCGCAGUGUAGAGCAGCAUAACUGAUCUACAUAAAAAAAAAUAUCCUGUUAUAGCUACAAUACAGCUCAAGACCAAGACUGAGAUAGAUUGGCAAUUUAGACAAUUAGUUACACUAGAUGUGUUCCAAGGAUGGUGACAGAAGCCAUGGAUCGAUUCGAAUGGAAUAAUGUUAUGGAACUGAUCCUUGUCCUACAUGGGCUGUAGCGCUACAAAAGACGAUGCUAAAGAAAAUGUUAUCAGCAUCAGGAAGGAAAGUUCACAUAUCAUGAAAGCUCUCUGUGUUCACGAACGCUUAAUUAUAAAGACCAUAUAAUUAUCAUACAAUCUAGGUUAUUCUUUUGAAAUAGUUGCAAAUCGUACUUAUAAUAUAUACUUCCUGCCAUAUAAAAUUAUCGUUACUAAUUCAUACCCUUGGUGUUGCCGAGCACAAUCACGCUUUAUAGACCACGACUAGCUUUUUGGCAAAAAACUGCCUUUUUUUCGGCCGAACCAUGCGUAUAUCAGUCACGUAGCACAUGCUUAUUGUCCUAAACUCUUCAAGGCCAAUGUUGGGCUACUAAGUUACCAGCUGUUCCACCGUUUCUGAGACUAGUUUACAACGCCUGCAGUUCAGCUUCCUUUUAUUUUCUAGACUUUUUAAAUAAGACAACACGGGUCUUUUGACAGUGUCCAUUUGCGACUUUCUCAAAAAAAGAAAAAUAAAUACUGUUCGUGCUUAUGUCCACCCUUUUCCCCCCCCCCCCCCCCCCAGUUUAUCACAGAAUUACAUUUUAAACUGCAAUUUCUAGGAUUUUUAUUUACUAAAAGUCAACUGAGUUUAAAUGGUCAUUAUUUCAAUGUUUUGGUUACAACGGUAUAAUGUUUAUUUAACUUUAUUAUACCAUUGUUGAUAUGCAAUAGUUUAUUAAAUCUUCAAAGUGGGAGAACCAGCCCUACCAUUGCGUGUUACACAUUUAUAGAAGAAUGGAAUUAAAUUUUAACGCGGAUAAUCAACAUUUAACUUGGUAAAUUAAGUUCACGUUUUGAGAUUAAGUUAUUUUUGCUUUCAUUUUACCUAAGACAUAAAUUAAAGAAGAAUGUAUUUUAAAAACUGCAUUAGUUGGAUUCAGAUUAUUUCAAGACAUUAUUUAUAUAGUUAUUUAUUAUAAGUAUAUUUGUGCAAUAAUCAAAGUCAUAUCAUAUUUUCAGUGUAUAAUAUAUAUUGGCUACCAGGUGUGAGUUUUCAUUUGCAUAAUUAUGCAUUGCUGACACAGAAAAAUUUAUCUUUUAUAUAUAUAUAUAUGUUAAAAGGAUGGCAUUUUUAUAUAAAGUUUACUUAUUUGUGAAAUCCCUAAAAGAACACGAAAAAAACAUGAAGGUAUCUUUAGGAGAAAAAACAGAAUAAAAUAUAGAGUUCUAAUUCGGGAGAUCAACACGUUUCUUGCUGUUGUUGUUGUGUUUUUUUUUUAAAACUAAAUGUUAAAUGCUUUUUUAAAAAAAAAUUCUUACAGAGGAUUUAAGCAGUGUACCGUCUACUACAAUAACCAUCAACCCGUUCCAAACAUCUAACACUUGGAUCACUGACAGAGAUGACUCUACCUGCAAUCAAGACAACAAUCUACAGUCUGUUGCUGUAGCAUGGAAUAUCACCUACCCUUUAUCAUGGUUUAGACUUACUUUCAAGGAAAGCGGUAUGGGUGUGUUUUCUUCAGUUUAAUUUAAUUUCUUUUAAAGUAUUUUUUUUUCUUAACUUUUUUGAUUUGGCUUAAAAUCGUUUACUUUGAAAUUGUAAGUUUAUUUCUCUUGCGUUUUCAUACUUUUGUAAAUUGCCCUUUUAUGUAUUGUCUGUGAAGAUCUUUAGAUUAAAAAAAGAAAAAGUAUAUGGUUCUAUAUGUUGAGCGAAUCGAAAGAGCCUUAUCACCUAUAUAAAAAAAAAUUAUAUGUAAGAUAUAAUUAAAUUAAUGGUGUGGUCAGUGUAGUAGAAGUGAAAAGAUUCUUGAAGAUAAGACAGUGGCAAAGAGGAAGGAAGCCCGUAAAUGGAUAAAACAUAAGUCUUCUAUGCAGCUGAUGGUGUGUUGAGGUAAAAGGGGAGAACAAGGUAGAAAUUAUUAGAAAAGUUUGAGGUAACGGAAAGAUAAUGUGUUCUUGUGGAGAUAUUGGAGUUUAGGGAGUAGGCUUUAUCGUAUUAAAGGGAUAAUAAGUUAGGGCAGAGGAAUGGUUGUAUGUUUUUUACAAGGCGUACGCGUUGAGGCAUGUGUUGCUAGUGUGUGACAUUUAACGCGAGAGUGUUGUUAAUUCCUAUAAUGACAUAUUAUUGUCAUUAAAUUGUUUUUUUUUUUUUUAAAGCGUACGCAGGAAAGUUUGAGAUUUCCUUCAGAACGAAUGGAAACAUCUUAACAGAAACUCCCUGCAACAACCAACACAUCUAUGUGAUAGACACUUCAACAGUGGACAUCAGUUGUCAAAUGACGGUAGAUGUAAUGCAGGUCGUUGUUGGAGGAGAAGGUGUUAAGUCGCUAUGUUCUCUUUACAUUAGUGGUGGUGAGUAAAUUCAUACCAAUGAACAGUCAGUUGAAUGUUGGGAAAUAUGUGUUAAAUAAUUAUAACCUGGAUUGAUCUAUAAGUUUGAUUGAUUGGAUAUUUAUUUAGCCAUGUUAUCUAUGCUACUUUAGCAUGCUCACUGCGCUAUGGCGUUUUUAAACCUAUUUAAACAAAAAAGACUUUAAAUGUUACUUAAAUGAUUUUUAAUCAUUUUCUAAUCGCCUUAAAGUUUGAGGCAAAUAGUUCCAGAAUUUAAGCGCUGUCACUUUAAAAGAGCGCACUCCGUAAGACUUUUUUUCUGUAUUCAUCCACACUGGGAAUUUUCAGUAAAGACUGUGUUGAAGACCACAGGUUCUGGAUACAUGUUAAUAAAUCAUUUCUUUAAGAUAUUCCGGUGCAGAGCCUUCUAUGCAGCUGAUGGAGUUCUCGUAGAAUUGGGUGAUGCGGUAAUAUUUCUAUAUCCGCGAUACACAGUUAUGAGAGAAAAGUUCUUCAUUCAUUCUAUAUUAUAAUUUCUCUAUUGCUUUUCUUCAUUUUUUGGAAGGUAAUGUUUUACUAUUAAAAAAAAAAAAACAGACAGCGAGGAGGUUACAAAUCUCGUUAAAUUAAAAUGUUACCAAUCCCUUCAAGUGCAAAUGGAAAGUGGGCUAAUUUACUACAUUUAUAUUAAUUUCUAAUACAUUAUGAAUUGUUCUAUUAAUAACCAAAGCUGUUUGAAAUAUUUGUAAGUAAACAUUUUUAUUAAUUAUGUUAUUUUAGGUCGUAAUGUAGCAUUAAAACAGAAUACUGUUCAGAGCUCCACAUAUACUUUAGAGGGAAUCGAAAGAGCCUUAGCAUCUAAUGCAGUCGAUGGGAAUACAAGCAGCGUCUUUGAAAACAACACAUGCACUCACACAGAUACUGUCGAUUCCUCCCCGAAAUGGACUGUAACGUUUAGUCAGUCCCAUGCAAUUAACAGAAUAGUUUUAUACAACAGAUAUGGCUAUAAAGGUCAGAUCGAAAAAAAAAAUGAGAUGAAAUAUUGAAUACACAUUCAUAGUUAUACCCAAUCGUGCAGAAUAUCAAAUUAGAAUCCUUUUUUAUACCGAUCAAAAAAAGCAACUUGUUUUGUUUUUUUUUAAAUGUAAACCUACAAGUUAAAAUUUAAAUUGUAGACGGAUUAAUUUAAAAAAAAAAUAAACUAUUUAAAAUCUCCUUUUGAAUUUCCAAGAUAAAUGUGUAAUCAUAAUUUCAUUGUUUUUAGUUUCAGUCAGUAAUCAUUUAUAUUUUUAUUAGUCAAAUAAAUUAAUUGUUAUACAUGUAAUGAAAAUUGUUUACAUAUUCAAUUGAAUUUAAAAAUACUUUUUUUCAGAUUCCAUAUUUUGCUGCCCAGAAAGGUUAAUACAAUUUGGUCUCCAAACUUUCAACACUAUCAAAGAAACAGUGUUUUCCUUCAAAGACGCUCGCACCACGCCCAUGCUGGUGUACACGAUAAUUGUGCCCUACAUUGAAAGAAGUGUUUCAGUUGUUGGCGUAACGGUUAACUCAAGCUCAGGUAUACUAACACUGUGCGAAGUGCAGACAUUCGCAGGUAAGGAUAAGUGCGAUAGUUAAAUAAACGUUUCUUUCUAAUUUAUUGUUAUGAAUUGAUAUUUUAUUUGAACAAAAAACUUGUUUUGAGAAUAUUUAUUUGUUGCCGAUACAUCGGUACUAAGUGUUAUAAAGCUUAGUCGAAAAAAGAUUUGAUUUAGAGUCCUGUAUCUUCUCUUUCUUUUGCAAUAAUUUAAACAUUAAAAAAAAUAUGUGAUGAAAUAUUUUAAAACAGGUAAGGGGUAGAAAAAUCUAAUGCAAUCAUUUUAAGGACGUAAUAUAUAAAUCAAAACAAAGCAAAAACAACUAUUUUAAUCAAUUUUAAUUUACAUCUAAAAAUCGUCUCAUUUGUAGAAUGUGAUCCUGGCACCUGGGGUCUUGAUUGUAACAACACAUGUCAACAAAGUUGUAGGACAUCCUGUGAUGCUGAGACUGGCUUUUGUAAAGCUUGUGUUGGUUUCAGCGACCCCCCAGCAUGCGACGAAGGUAUUUUACAUGUUCAACCUCACUACGAAUCUUUAAGUGUUUGAGAAUUGCACUCGAAGAUGCUGUGAUGAUACGUUUUAUUAGAUAAUUAAAGUAAGUAGAGUAAAUAGAAGAACAUUAAAAUUUAAAACACCAUAAGACUAAAUACUAGAUGGUAGGAUAAUGGAAAUAGUAAACUGCAACAAUAAAGGGUUUUCUUCUUUUUUUAAGAUAUUAACAUUCUCUGAGAGAAAAGUCUGUGUAAUGAAAGAAAUAAAUCAAUAAAUAAAAAGAAAUAAAAAUAGCCCAGUGUAAGAGUCGGUUAGUUGUUUUUUCGGGCUUGGGGGGGGGGGGGGGGGAGGGGGGGGGGGGCUAAAAGAUGUGGCCGAAAAUCAAUGUAGCCUAAUGCAGGAUCAGAAUCUCUCAAAUAUUAACAUUCUCUGAGAGAAAAGUCUGUGUAAUGAAAGAAAUAAAUCAAUAAAUAAAAAGAAAUAAAAAUAGCCCAGUGUAAGAGUCGGUUAGUUGUUUUUUCGGGCUUGGGGGGGGGGGGAGGGAAGGGGGGGAGGGCUAAAAGAUGUGUCCGAAAAUCAAAGUAGCCUAAUGCAGGAUCAGAAUAUCUCAAACAAAUUUUAACAUUUAGACAUAUUUUAGUGGAAAGAGAGAAAUGAGCGAUUUUAUUAAGUACAUUACUUUAAUUUAAAUGAGAUUCCAAAUCAGUUAUUUGGAAGACAUUUAAAAUCAGAAUUGGUAUUUUUCAAAUCAGCGAGAUGCAUGAAGCGGGUGCUAUCCUCAGAAAUAAACUGUAUUUUAGGCUCAAAGUUAGUACUUUAUAUUAUAGAAAAUACCAUUCGCGUGCUCACUAGAUAAGACUGCUCGGCGAAUAUAUUUCACACGUUAUAUUUGUUGAGAUAUUGAAAAAGAUGGAAAUGAAUUAAUCAGCAAACGGGUUUUAAUUAGAUUAUAGAUCGCCCAAAAGUAACUUUUUAAAUUCAGAAUUUCAACAAAUCAUUUAUUUGCCUAUUUGUCGCUUCCAUUUUUAUAGUCAUGGUGCACAUUAUGCAUAGAAUUAGUUUUUUAAAUCGCCUUUCCUUUCUUGGCAAAUUUUCUCCCACAAGCAAUGAUUAAUUUUAUUUGCUUUAGACCUAUGUUACUUUAAAAUAUUACCUUUCUCUAAGUUCGGGUGGGGGGUGGGGGUAAAAAAAUCAAUAGCCAUUCAUUGAUUAAGUUUUAUUUCUAGCCAUGGCAAAGUUAUUGACUAAUUGACUACAUUAAUUUAUGUUUAUUAUUUUUUUUUUGCAGAAUGUGAAUCGGUAAACUGGGGUAUAAACUGCACUCAAAGCUGCAGCACCAAAUGUUAUAACCAAUCUUGUAACAGUCAAACCGGCGUCUGUGAUAAAGGAUGUAAUGGAUAUAGUGACUCACCAGUGUGCACGACACGUACGUAUUAAAAUUUAAUGAACCAUUGUAUUUGUUUCAAGAAUUCAGCAGUAUGUUCUCGUUAAGAAAGGAGAGAGCUGUAAACAAUAAUUGCACUGUUUUAUCUUAACAUUAGUCCACUGUUUAAACACUAAAAACGUGACUUUCAAAACGGAUUAUUAGUUUUAUUGUUUAAAUUUUACACUAAUAUUUGUUGCUUCUAAUCAUUGACGAAUCGGCCUUAGAGAACAUAAUUACAUGUACUUUAUUUUUUGAGCCUGUGACGGAAUGAGUGACUGACGAUUAUUGUUGUAGUGUGUAUCCAGAGGCAUUCUCAGAUAUAUCCAAACUAGGCCUCCACCUAGGACCCCACUACAAAGGUCGCUUUUUUUAGCCUACAAAUUGCAAUUCCAUAUAUUUUAGAAUAUUCAUUUUUUUCUCGUGGCUGAAUUACCAAUUAGGGGUUAACCGCGAGGAAAGAGGAAACAGUGCCGAAGGCAGAACUGAGAUGUUGCAUUAGUUGGUGGUGUUUUCUCCUCCGCUACGGGGAAGCUCCGCCCCCCGUAUCCCCCCCCCCCUCUUUUCCGGGACCUGAUACCUACGCUCCACCAUAUGGCCCCAAAAUAUCAGAAGAAUGACUCUGGUGACCUGAUUGUCUUGUGUUGUCGUCAUGUUGUAUCACUGGACGGGGUGAGUUGUUUUCAUGAAUGUUUCAACUUAAAUGUGUUAAUAUUGGUUGGAGAACGGGAAUGAGUGGUCAUGUGAUUUUUUGGGAUAAAACGAAUUUAGAAUUGAGAAAAAAUUAUAAUUAUUACACAGACCACAGACUUGAGCUGCUAUUUUAUUAUACUAUUAAAGAGACCGCAUUAAUGUAAUAAUGUAAAAACGACAGGCAUUUAAAAAAACAACAACAAAUGUUUACAUAAUGGAUAUUUAGAUGUUUCGAGACUCUUGACUUCUUUUUAAUUAACACAUCUUAUUCGUCUUUUCGUUUAAUAUAUAUAUAUAUAUAUAUAUAUAUACAAUAUAUAUAUAUAUAUAUAUAUAUCUGCCAUGACAAUCAACAAAUCUAUUGAUUAAAAACGACACACAUAUAAAAAAACAACAACAAAUGUAUACAUAAUAGAUAUAUAUAUGUUUCGAGACUCUUGUCUUCUUUUUAUUUAACACAUCUUAUUCGUCUUUUCGUUUAAUAUAUAUAUAUAUAUAUAUAUAUAUACAAUAUAUAUAUAUAUAUAUAUAUAUCUGCCAUGACAAUCAACAAAUCUAUUGAGCAUAGUUUGUUGAUUGUUUUGUUUAAAAUUAGUCUUACAACAAAACUUCAAUCUUUUUAAAAUCUAUUUCGAGUUGUUAAAACGAAAUCAAUUUAAUUUGUAAAAAAAUAUAUUUUUUUAAAUAAAUUAUUUAACUUUUUUUCCAGAAUGUUUACCUGGAAAAUGGGGAGUCAACUGCAUAAAUGAAUGUAGCAGUUGUUUAAAUAAAUCAUGUGACCGUUUUCAUGGUAAAUGUACACUUGCCUGUGAAGUAGGUUAUACUAAGUUUCCAGACUGCAGUCCAGGUAAGCCUGAAAGACAGAAAAUUUUGAGCGCUUGGUUAGAGUAUAUUAUAAAAAUGCUUGUAAAAUUUUAGAGUUGUCCCAUUCGCAUUCGAAAUUUGUAAGAUGUCCUCCCUCCGUAGGCAAGCAUUUCAAAAUGACAACCAUGGCUAACAACCAGUGCUGUAUAAACUGUUUUCAUUUAAACCUUCCUGACUGAGCAUUAUGUGAAAUCUCUUAACUUCAAAGGUGAUUUUUUUUAAAAAAAUAGAUAUUUAUACCAAAGAAGUGUACAUCUUUUAAUCUGAAAGAGAUUGUGUUUUCGUUGACAUUUAGAAAUUAUUAUUUUUUUUAAAGUUAUAAAUAAAUAAUAAUAGGACAUUUGAUAAUCAUUGGUCUGUUCAUUUGAAAUAAAUCAGUAUAGAAUGUUAGUAAAAGAAAAAAAAAAUAAAUAAAAUCUGAAUGUACAGACCUCAUUAAAUAGUUUCCUUUGAUUUCUUUAUAUUCUUUUCUUCGAACUUUUAAGCUUGUUAUAUUCUAUUUUGAUAUUAAGAGUGAAUAAACACUUAUGUAACAACUUUUUUUUUUUGGUCACACUCAAUAAUAAUUAUUUAGCUAUUUAGGUAUUUAUGGGUGCAAUGCUGUGUACAAUGGGGGCGCAAAUUAAAAUUACCAGAAAUGAACGCUAAUUUGUGCAAUUUUAUAAAGAACGUUACUAGAAUGCAUGCUUUAUAAGUUAACUUUAGUAGAUGGGGAAUUCUGUCUCCAUUGUUUGGCACGUUGUUUAUAAAAUAAUUGAAUGAAAAGGUUAGUAUCUGAAUUUCCAAAAUAAUCAUACCCGUCAUUUUUUAUUAAUUUAAAAAAAAAAAAAGAUUACAAUUUUCGCAACACAGGCUGUUCUGAUGGAUAUUACAGUAGUAACUGUUCAUUGCCAUGUUCUCAGACCUGUAAAGACAGGAAAUGUAAUUAUAUCACUGGACACUGUUUGCAAUGUCUUACAGGAUAUCAAGGAUAUAUGUGUGAUGAAGGUAAAGGACAUUUAUUUUAAUGAAGAGACAUUUUGUUUCUUUUUUUUAAAUAUAAUUAGUUAAAUGUUUGGAGAAUUUCCCGCUUUUAACAUUGUAACAGAAUAUAUAGAGAGAGAUAGAUGGAUAGUUGGCUAAAUAGAUAGAUGAUAGAUAGAUAGAUAAAUAGAUAAAUAGAUAAAUAGAUAAAUAGAUAAAUAGAUAAAUAGAUAGAUAUAUAGGUAGAUAGAUAAAUAGAUAAAUAGAUAGAUAGAUAAAAUUAUAGAUAGAUUGAUUGAUUGAUUAAUUGAUUGAUAUAUUGAUAGAUUGAUAUAUUGAUAUAUUGACAUAUUGAUAGAUAGAGUGACAGACAGACAAACAGGACAGGAUAGGACAGGAUAAGAAGCACAGGGCAGUAUAGACAGACAGAAUAAUUAUCUUAACAUAAACAAUUUUUCAUUUAUUUUUUGUUCAAGAGAUCAGUAUUAGAGAGGUGCAGGAAAACAAUUCACAGAAAACAAUUAUUGGUCUCGGCAUUGGACUUGGUGUUGCCUGUGCCACUAGCAUUUCAUUUCUCCUAGUGAUCUGCUACCUCAUUCGUAGGGGGAAACAACCCUUACGUAUCAAUGAGUCACACACUGGCCAAACGAAUGUUCCAGACAAAAGCUAUGACACGGUUGCAUCAGGAAGCGAAUACAACCGCCAGUACGAAGCGCCUGUGACUACCGGUACUGAACAUAUAUAUAUAUAUAUUUAUUUAUUUUUUUGCUUUCUAAAGUUCAGUUAUGUAAUUAUGUUAUUGUUGGUCUCUCUAUUAAAUCUUAGGAUAUAUCUAUUAGAGUAAAACAUUUUAAGUGCAAACUUUGAAGUAGCACUGUCACUGGCAUAUGCGCUAACUCAACCCCGACGGUGAUAAGUUUGUUUUUUUUAAAAAGCAAAAAAAAAAAAAAAAAAAAAAAAAAAAAAAAAAAAAAAUUACUGAACAUAAAAAAAUAUAUAUUUAUUUAUUUUUUUGCUUUCUAAAGUUCAGAUAUGUAAUUAUGUUAUUUUUGGUCUCUCUAUUAAAUCUUAGGAUAUAUCUAUUAGAGUAAAACAUUUUCAGUGCAAACUUUGAAGUAGCACUGUCACUGGCAUAUGCGCUAACUCAACCCCGACGAUGAUAAGUUUGUUUUUUUUAAAAAGCAAAAAAAAAAAAAAAAAAAAAAAAAAAAAAAAAAAAAAAAAAAAAAAAAAAAAUUGAAAUAUCGUAUAUUCUAUCCAAUGCGAAAUGAGCAAGCGUUUCUAUGGGAUAAAUUCAUGGUUUUCCCUGAGAAGAGCGUAUACCGUAUCGCGCUGGCACCGAAUUACAUCAUCAACAUGAAGCGACGAUAUUAUUAUACCUUUAGCAACGCAAGUUAGUCAGGAAAAACGCUGUCCAUUUCUAAAAUCAUCAUAACAAAAAAAAAGUGUGUGUUGUAAGCGUGCUUUCAAAAGACACGCUAUGAGCCUGACGGUUGAUAAUAAACAAUGGGUCUAAUGUGUACACCACAUAGUGAAAUGAGGACGAUCCAAAGGGGGUGCGGGGGGGGGGGAGAGAGAAAAACGAAAACUUCGCACAAUUGUACACGAUGAUAGAAAUAAACUUCAUGAAGAAUGUUUAGGCAAAAUAAAGUUUCGAUGAGUUGUGUAAUUAUUUUUUCUCCAGUUAUUUUUACAUGCAUGCAAAUGUACGUACUUUCUGUUCAUAUCCUUCAUUUCUUUGUAAUUUCAAUGUGCGUAUGUCGUGUUCCUACAAAUAGUGCGCAUGAUCAUAAGUCUGGCUCAACCAGCAAUACCAUAUCUGUUUCUUCGUUCCGAAAGGUUAUCAUUGUCUACGGGUUUCAACGUAGGCGAUAUCAGCCUUGGAAUAAGUCUUUAUUUAUAGAAUAAAUAUAUUUGGUAUUAAUAUUGACUCUGUCCAUUGGUAUAAGUUCGGUAUAACAGAACAAAUAUCUGAUUGAGAACAGUGUAUCGUGUAAACUAGUGUUUACUCUUUUUUUUCCUUUAUCAAUUAAAAUCAUCUGAUAAGUAUGCAGUAUGCAUUCAGUAUGCAAGCCGGCUUAUUAUUUCACCAUGUCUGACAAACAGUAACAAUGAGUAAUAAUUCUUAAAAUGAUGCAAAGACAUUAACAAGAGAAAAAAAAUCUUUAUUACAAAGAAUCGCUUUCAGCCAGGUAAAACGUUUAAAAAAGCUGCUGUGUAAUUUUUAAAUGUUUGGCUCUAUUCUUUAAUUUAAUAUAUAUGACGUAAAUUUAAAUGUCUUCGAAAGCCACUGAAUAUAUUUUUUUUUUAAAUUAAGAAAGUAUUACAUAUCAUAAUAGCUUCAAUGAAUUUCUUAUGCUUCUUUUAUCAGGUAAAUAUCAAAACGCAUCCAACAAAUACAUAGUGAAAUUUGAAGGAAAAUCUGAAAAAAAAGACAAUGAACAGGCUUGCAGUGUCUACGAGGAUGACACAAAUGCUGCUGAUACCUAUGAAUCGAUCGAAAUGGACAAAAUUGAUUCAGCUUCAUAGAAAGUAAUACGGCUGAUUACUAGUGUGUUGUUUGAAAGAACAAAAUAGAAAAGAAGGAAGUAAAAAUGUACAACAUGUGCAAAGUUAUAAUGUCGAUGAUAAAUUCAAUGAAUGAAACCACAACGUAUACGAGUAACAUGGAUAUAGCUUAUUUCAUCGACUGUAAUCCAACUUCAGAUAUCAGAUGAAUAUUAAGAUAAUUUUUGUUACUAUUUCUUUUUUGAUAAGUUGAAUGACGUUCUAAUGUGUUACCAAUGAGUUACACGGGACCUUUAUGUAAAAACUAAAGAUAAAACGAACGAUUAUUUUCUUUUUAAAAGAAAAUUAAAUUUUAAAAAAAAAUGUUCAAAGGUGUAAAACAAAUUAUAGUAAUGCCAUUCUUGUGGCUUUGUCGACAAAAGUUUAAAUGGUAAGACUGGAUCCAUUUGAAAACACUUGAUCCAUUUCAAGGCACGUCGAUUAAAAUGUUUCCGUAUUGUGCUGACCUUAUUUGUAGGGACGAAACUCUGGAUGUGAGCGUAGCUUCAAUCAGCGGGCUACAUGAUGGGGCAAAGGGAUGGCGUAAAGUUGGG